GCCUUUAACAAGUCAGUUUAGAUGAUUGGCUGCUAAUUCGUGCUGCACGGUGCAUCGAAUCAAAGGCUUCAUGCUUCGCCAUGAAUGUCCAGUGCGUGGCGCCAUACUCGCUCCGGGUGGCAGAUUACGUUUGUUGACGGAAGUUCCCACGGAAGAAGAGAGGAGCAGCGAUGGUGCGGGUGAAGAGGAGGUAUUUACUGUGUGAAGUCAACGUGUCGAAGCGGAGCGACCUGUUGCAGCUGGAUGACCGAGCUGUGGCGGCGGCGGUGCGGGCAGCAGUGGCCCUCACGCACGGAGAUUAUGGAGCAGCUCACUGCCUCGUCGGCUUCUCUGUGAAAUAUCUGAACGCUCAUACUGGAAUGGUAUUUCUACGUUUGCCCAAAAGCUGUUACAAACUCCUCUGGUCUGCAUUGCCUUUUAUAACAAGCAUUGAAGCUCGUGGCCAGAAAAUUCCAUGUUUUCUAAACUGUGUGCAUGUGGGAGGAACAAUUAGGACAUGUCAGAAGUUUCUGAUCCGUUACAACACCCAACAGCUCCACAGAAUGCUCCCUAAAUGUAAAGAUGAAGAGGAAAAACAACAGGUUCGUGAAUCAAUUCUUCAAUGCUCCCUACCAGGAGGAAAGAAGGAGGCCUUUGAGGACGAGUUAGAGAGUGAAGAAGAUGAAGAAGAGUGACGUCACAGCAUGCAGUCAAAGAUGGCAGUUUCUUCCUAGAUGACUAGCUCUGAAUAUUUUAUAAAGAACUAAUGGGAGGGAAGAAAUGCAACUGUGGAAACAUGGUUUACUGCUGCUCUUCGAUGGGUUUUUACCUAGUGAAAACUGACUGUCUUCAACAGAGGAACACGUUAAGUUAUGUUUGUCACAAAUGUGGGUUUGCAGGUUGGCCUGAUGGUCUUCAUGAAUAUCAUUUCACAGCAAGGUCUUGUUUAAAGCUACGUCAAUACUAUUACAUAUUUGUUUUAAAAACAAAAUUGUCAACAACCACGCACUAGCGUUUUAACUAAGUUUAAAACAAAAUAUUGUAAAUGUAGCCUAAUGCUGAUACUGAAUUUGCAACUAUUUAUUUUGGAUAAGGCUAACUUUAAAUAAUUAGAUUUGUGUCUCAAAAUAAGACCAUGAUCAAAUUCUGAAAAAACUGUUCAGAAGAAACUUUUAAGGUUUCAAUGAAUUUGUUUUGUAUUUUUUUACUCUAUUUUGUGUAUUUUGUUUUGAAAAAAUAAAUUCAUAACAUUGUU